UUUGGAAGUCGUUGGAUUUUCGUGACGGUCGAAACUGGUUAAUCGACUGUCCACAACUUUUGGUGAUUUGAAAUCAGUUGUCGUUGGCUGUUUUUUGCUUUCCUCUGGAUCCCGUGUUUUUACUGCCUUGGUUUUCAAGCUUCUAUUUCCUUAGUAUUAUGAGUGCAAAGAAAGAGGAUUACCAACCCGUCUGUUCGGCUUGUCAGGGGUAGAGAAUUCCUUGGCGCAUUGCUGCCUGAGUGCCCCUGCGUUCGCCAGAUUAGUGAAGAAGGAGAAAUUGAAUGAGCAGGUCUUUGUUGCCUAUGUGAGGCGAGUGACUGAGCCUACGGAAGAAAAACCGAUGGACCCUGCGAUUGCCAAGCUGCUGGAAGAGUUCAAGGACCUAACCGAGCCGCUGAUAGGAGUGGUACCGCGGCCCAUCCAGCACCGUAUUGAGAUAGAGCCUGGCAGUAGGACUCCUAAGGGCGCUGUAUAUAGGAUGUCCCCACGGGAGUUAGAGGAGCUUCGCAAGCAGUUAGACGAGCUCUUCGAGAAGGGUUGGAUUAGGCCCAGUUCGUCCCCUUUCGGAGCACAUGUCCUUUUUGUUCCUAAGAAAGAGGGAGAGCUGAGAAUGUGCAUAGACUAUAGGGGUCUGAAUGUUAUUACAGUGAAAAAUGUUGAGCCACUGCCAAGGAUAGACGAUCUCUUAGACCAUGUGCAGGGGGCCAAGUAUUUCUCUAAGAUAGAUUUAAAGUCUGGAUAUUAUCAGAUAGAGGUACACCUUGAUGAUAAGUAUAAGACAGCCUUCCGGACUAGGUACGGGCAUUACGAGUUUAUAGUGAUGCCCUUUGGACUAACCAAUGCGCCAGCUACGUUCCAGCGCURUAUGAACGAUUUGUUUAGGCCGUGGUUAGACAGAUUUGUUGUAGUUUACCUAGAUGACAUCCUAGUGUUUAGUCGGACCCUUGAAGAGCACCAGGGUCAUCUCAGGCAGGUCUUGAAGAAGCUGAGGGAAGCUAACUUCAAGAUCAAUGCAAAGAAGUGCGAUUGGCCAAAGACCCAAGUUUUGAAGUUCGUGAGGAACUUCUCCACCAUCGGUGCGCCCCUUCGCAGAUUGCUGAGAAAAGAGACAAUCUGGAAGUGGGACAAGGACUACACGUCUGCGAUGAAAAGAUUAAAGCAGGCGUUGAUAGAGUAUCCGGUCCUUAAGGUCGCCGAUCCGUCCUUGCCUUUUGUCAUUACUACGGAUGCUAGCCAGUACGGCAUAGGCGCGGUGUUGCAGCAAGACGAUGGCAAUGGGUAUAGACCCGUAGAGUUCAUGUCCGCCAGAAUGCCUUCAGAGAAGGUUGCGACAUCUACCUAUGAGAGGGAACUCUAUGCUCUCAGGCAAGCGUUAGACCACUGGAAGCACUACUUGCUUGGUAGGCACCUCAAAGUCUAUUCUGACCAUGAAACAUUACGAUGGUUAAAGACGCAGGCCAAGAUGACACCUAAGCUUACUAGGUACGGUCUUCUGGACGAGUCGCAGAACAAGCUCGAUUACGUAUUGGCAUCGACGGUGGAGAUUUUUUUGGAGAGGAGAUUACAAACACUCGUCUUAGACUUCAAGACUGGGCUGGCCAAGUCGAUAUCCAUCACGCUCGUGUGCUCAUCCGUCAACGGCACAUUCGAGUGGGGAAGCAAAUUGUGAACAUCCCGUCGUUCCUUGUGCGGGUGGAUAGCCGGAAGCACAUCGAUC